AUGUUUGUCCAAGUCCAGCUCAACAACCCUCAUCACCGCCCGAAUACCCCAUUGUCAAAGCGAUUCCCCGAAUUGCGCCAGGAACUCGCGACAAUGCUGAUCCCCAAAGCUGACCGCAAGAAAAUCCACGAGUACCUCUUCCGCGAGGGCGUACUCGUGGCCAAGAAGGACUUCAACCUUCCCAAGCAUGGCGACAUUGACACCAAGAAUCUCUACGUGAUCAAGGCCUGCCAAUCCCUCACCUCUCGCGGCUACCUCAAGACCCGCUUCUCGUGGCAAUACUAUUACUACACCCUCACCCCUGAGGGCCUCGACUAUCUCCGUGAAUGGCUCCAUCUGCCCGCUGAAAUCGUCCCCGCUACCCACAUCAAGCAGCAGCGUUCGCACGCUCCUCCCCGCGGCAUGAUGGGCGGAGAAGAGCGUGAGAGACGACCCGGUGGUCGUGGUGGCCCGCGAGGCGACGGUGGCUACCGACGCCGUGAACAGGGUGACGCCAAGGAGGGUGGUGCCCCUGGCGACUUUGCUCCUUCAUUCCGUGGCGGCUUCGGUCGUGGACGUGGCGCUCCUCCAGCUUCUUAAGUGAAGAUGAUGACGAUUGGGAGAUUGACGAAGUUUUUGUCCGGUGUUUACAACCGAAGGGGGUUAUGCUCGGGUAUCGUGUGGGUGAAUGAGGAUGGUUGGGAAAAUUAAAACAUGCAAUAUUUAACCUCAAAUGAAAUAAAUAAAUUAUUACCUGGAAAAUAAUUUCUUUCUGCGAAUUUGUUUUAUUUUGCAAUGUGUCAACAUGACUUUGAUUCCAGCUGAUUCUACAGGGACCUACCGCCGUAAACGGGCUUUUCUUUAGAUACCAUAAACAAUAUCUACAAAUACGAAUCAACCUUUUUCCCAU